AUGGACAUCCAAGGCACCCCUCUUCCUCACGCAAGCCGCGGCACUAAGGUCACCACCGACCCUCGUUCACAACAGCCCAUCGAAGAACCGUCAGGCCCUAUUACCAAUGACUCGCUUGCCGCCGAGUCCGUCCGCCAAGGUGGCGGCUUUUCUGGCAACCGUGGCGCAGAGCCCAUGGGCGUCUCAGGAAACCAAUCCACAGUAAAGAAUACCGACACUUCCGCCUCCACCAAACUUCCCUCUGCCUCAUCUGGCUAUCAACGCCAGGACCGCCAUGAGGAACAGAAAUAUCCCGAAUGUGUGGUUGGUCAGGGAAACUUCCCUGGCACACACCUAGACAACUCUGGGUACGCUGGUGGCUCAACUGCGGCCAAGAAGGAAAUGGGCAUCAAGGCUGGGGAAUAUUCUGCUGCUGGCGGCAGUGGGGGUCGCAGUCAGUAUAACGAGGUAACCGACGUCCAACAGGGCGGCUUCCCCUCCGACGAUGCUAAGAAUGUGAGCUUCAACUCGAAACUUGGCUCCAGCGAGGACCCUGCCCGCGACUCUAUCAAUCAGUUCCAGCGUAGCAAUGCUCGCACUGCUUAUAGUUCUGGUCAUGUCGAGCAGAAGGGUGUGGAGGAUCAGAAUCAAUAUGAGCAAUUAGAGAGCGACCAGCGCGCUUAA